CCGACACCAAAAGAUCAGGAGGCAGCAUCAUGGCAGGUAACACUAUCGUUUACGUUGGCGCCGAAGCCAGCGGACUCUACCGAAAGAUGGCGGGCGAUGCGCACUGGGAUCUGCUCACCGAUGGGCUGGCGCCGGCCACUCAGGCGCGGGCCAUUGCCAUUCAUCCGAACGACCCGCGCACUAUCUUUUGCGGCACGCAACGGGGCGUUUACCGGAGCACCGACGGCGGUGACCAUUGGCAGCGCAUGAACAUGACCGAGGGGCGGGCGGUUUGGUCCAUCCGGUUCCAUCCCAACGACUCCAAUGUCAUGUACCUGGGCACCGAAGGCGCCGAGGUGUACAAGAGCGAAGACGGCGGCGAGAACUGGGCGCACAUCGCCACCGUUUCGAACCCGUCACAGGUGCAGAUGGCGUUUGCCAUGCGCAUCCUGGGCAUCGACAUCGAAGCCGCCAAUCCGAACAAUAUGUACGCGGCGCUGGAAGUUGGCGGCGCGGCCAGCAGCACGGACGGCGGCCACACCUGGACGAUUCGCAACAGUGAAUUCGCUGGCGACGUGGACCUGCUGGACUUGCACGGCGUGGCGGUAGGCGGCGCCGACUCCAGCUCAGUGUUGAUAUCCAAUCGCACGGGCGUCUGGCGGAGCACCGACAAGGGGGCGUCCUGGCAGGACUGCAACUUUGACAGCUUCUCUGACAUCAAGUACUCGCGCGGCGUGGUGCGGGACCCCAGCGACCCGAACACGCUGUAUGCCUGCGUGGGAAUGAACUUCGGCAGCGAGCAGGGCGGAGUGAUGCGCACCACCGACCUGGGCGCCACCUGGGAGAGGUUCGACCAGGGGAUCAGUGCGGGCAGCACCACCUUCGGUGUGGCUGUGAACCGGCAAGACCCGUCGCAGGUCUAUUUCUGCACGCGGCGUGGCCAGGUGUUCGGCACCCACGACGGUGGCGCCAACUGGACCCAGGAUGCGGUACCCGAGAUGGCGACGAACGUGAUCAGCGUGGCGUGCACCUCCGCAUAA